CAUAACAAAACUCGUGGUUCAAUAUUGUAUGCAUAUGUCUGCAGCGGCGCAGCCCAUGAUACUCUGUUAUCAUAAUAUCCAAAUAUCAUGUUAUAGAUCUCUUGCAUAUGUUUAUAUACAAUAGCAUAAAGUGGUUGUUAGGUGUGAGCAAGAAAAGUUUUAGUGUGUCAUAUUUUAUGGCCAACUACCAACCGAUGACUAUGGAAUGUUUUAGUUAAUAUUAGUUUUCACAAGACUUUAAAAUGGCUGAUAAUGAAAAACUCGAACACUUGAGUUUACAAAAAGAAUUUGAAUGGGUGUUAAACGAAGAAGUUCAUUCCAUUUUACAUCAACUAAAUAUUAUUCUAAAUGAAUGCGUUCGACGUUUUCCAUCGUGGGAUAGUGAUAUCCCAAUUAAACAAGAGAAAUUUGUGUUAUCGACUUCACCUGAUCAAUUAAAAAGCAUAGUUUCUAUAUCUGGAGAUACUAUUCUUCAAGCGGAUAUUCAAUUCAAAGUUCAACGACAUCAACAACAAAUUAUGUAUCGUACCAAUAUACGUCAUGAUUGUCCAUGGAAAUUACAUCAAGUUCAAGAUGCAGGAAAUCAUUUAAGACAAGCUAUUUUACACAUUGAAAAAAUUGAUAAAGAGACCAUAUUUAAUUCUUCAGAAGAAGUGUUACACAUUUUACGUAAUUUGUUAGGAUGUUUACAACGAGGUCGUACUAGUUUAAUAGUUCCACGUAAACGUACUAUUGAUGAUUUAAUUAAAAGCAGAAACAUGAAGUGUUUGACUCCCAUUCUACCAGAAGAUUUAGCUAUCAGUUUUUACAUACAAAGUCAUAAAUUAAUAUUUGCUGUUUACCAGUUAUCAAGUUCUCAUGGAUCCAUGAAGUAUGAUACCUAUCAAGCAGAAUGUACAGUCCCAUGGCUAAAUGAAGUACUAGUUUUGUUUACAGUCGCUUUACAACUGGCACAGCAGCUUAAAGACAAGAUCUGUGUAUUCACUCAAUACAGAGAUAUAACCUCUUUAUCUCGACCAGUUUCCAGUGUUGCUAUACACUCCUAAGUAUUUUAA